ACACACGCCCCUCUGUAGGAAUGCAGCUCCCUGGCUGGCCGUUCUUUUGGCUCUGCACAUGAAAAUGGAGGGUCUGACAUGCCUGAGGUUUUCAUCCCAGGUUCUUAUUUUUCUAGCUGCCCCUGAAUCCGACCCAAAAUGGCCAGUGCUUCCGUCAAAGUGGCUGUCCGCGUGCGGCCUUUCAACGCCCGUGAAAUCAGCCGAGAUGCCAAAUGUGUGAUUCAGAUGCAGGGAAAGACCACCUGUAUCACCAAUCCCAAGCAGGCAAAAGAUGCCCCCAAGAAUUUCACCUUUGAUUAUUCCUACUGGUCUCAUACCUCUGAGGAGGACCCCAAUUUUGCUUCCCAGUGGCAAGUCUACAAAGAUAUUGGAGAGGAAAUGCUGCUUCAUGCCUUUGAGGGCUACAACGUUUGCAUCUUUGCCUACGGGCAGACGGGAGCCGGCAAGUCUUACACCAUGAUGGGCAAGCAGGAGACCGGCCACCAAGGCAUCAUACCUCAGCUCUGCAGAGACCUUUUUGCCCGAGUGAAUGAGAACAAAUGCCCCAACCUCUCCUAUACCGUGGAGGUGAGCUACAUGGAGAUCUACUGUGAACGUGUCCGGGACCUCCUAAACCCCAAGAGCCGUGGGAACCUCCGUGUGCGGGAGCACCCCAUCAUGGGGCCCUACGUGGAAGACCUCUCCAAGCUGGCCGUGACCUCCUUUGAAGACAUUGCCGACCUCAUGGACUGCGGCAACAAAGCCAGGACCGUGGCUGCCACCAACAUGAAUGAGACCAGCAGCCGCUCCCACGCUGUGUUCACCAUCGUGUUCACACAGCACCGCCAUGACGAGCUCACGGACCUUGACACGGAGAAGGUCAGCAAGAUCAGCCUGGUGGACCUUGCUGGGAGCGAGCGGGCUGAUUCCUCCGGAGCAAAAGGCAUGCGGUUGAAGGAAGGUGCCAAUAUUAACAAAUCCCUGACCACUCUGGGCAAAGUCAUAUCCGCUCUGGCAGAGAUGCAAAGCAACAAGAAGAAGAAGUCUGAAUUCAUCCCUUACCGGGACUCAGUGCUCACAUGGCUGCUGAAAGAGAACUUGGGAGGCAAUUCCCGCACGGCCAUGAUUGCUGCCCUCAGCCCAGCAGACAUCAACUAUGAGGAGACACUGAGCACCCUCCGUUAUGCCGAUCGCGCCAAGCAGAUCCGCUGCAACGCCGUAAUCAAUGAGGAUCCCAACGCCCGGCUCAUCCGCGAGCUCAAGGAGGAAGUGGCCAGACUGCGGGACCUCCUCUCUGCCCAGGGCUUGUCGGCCACCACCUUUGCUGGUUCAAAGCCCAAUGACCCAGGAAGUGGAUCCAACAUUCCCCCCUCCCCUUUUGCGCCCACGGCUGAAUUGCCCCUCACCCUCAAUGGGGAGUCAGAGGACUACUCCUGCGUGGAGGACCAGAUUAUCUGCACAGAGGAGGCCAUGGAGAGGCUGCAGGAGACUGAGAAGAUCAUUGCUGAGCUUAAUGAAACCUGGGAGGAGAAGCUGCGCAAGACGGAGGCCAUCCGGAUGGACCGAGAGGCGCUCCUGGCAGAAAUGGGUGUGGCUCUCCGGGAGGACGGGGGCACUGUGGGAGUCUUCUCUCCCAAGAAGACGCCACACCUGGUGAACUUGAAUGAGGACCCCCUGAUGUCUGAGUGCCUCCUGUACCAUAUCAAGGAUGGUGCCACCCGGGUCGGCCAGGAAAACGUGGACAUCAAGCUGACGGGGCAGUUCAUUAAAGAGCAGCACUGCCUCUUCCGCAGCAUCACCACGGAGACUGGAGAAGUGGUUGUCACGUUGGAGCCUUGUGAGGGCGCAGAGACCUACGUCAAUGGGAAGCAGGUGACGGAGUCGCUGGUGCUGCGAUCAGGGAACCGAAUUGUGAUGGGCAAGAACCACGUCUUCCGCUUCAACCACCCGGAGCAGGCCCGGAUGGAGAGGGAGCGGAGCACCCCUCUCGAGAGCCAGUCAGAGCCGGUGGACUGGAACUUUGCCCAGCGGGAGCUGUUGGAGAAACAGGGCAUCGACAUCAAGCUGGAGAUGGAGAAGAGGCUCCAAGACCUGGAGAACCAGUAUCGGCGGGAGAAGGAGGAGGCUGACCUUCUUCUGGAGCAGCAAAGGCUGUAUGCAGACUCAGACAGUGGGGACGACUCAGACAAGCGCUCCUGUGAGGAGAGCUGGCGGCUCAUUUCCUCGCUGAGGGAGAAGCUGCCAGCCACCAAAGUACAAACCAUCGUGCGCCGCUGUGGCCUGCCCAGUUCCGGCAAGAAGCGGGAGCCGUUGCGCGUGUAUCAGAUCCCGCAGCGCCGCCGGGUGGCCAAGGACCCCCGCUGGCUGACACUGGCCGACCUCAAGAUGCAGGCGGUGAAGGAGAUCUGCUACGAGGUGGCCCUCAACGACUUCCGCCACUCCCGCCAGGAGAUCGAAGCCAUGAGCAUCGUCAAGAUGAAGGAACUGUGCCGCCUCUACGGGAAGCGCGACCCCAACGAGCGGGACAGCUGGCGGGCUGUGGCCCGGGAUGUGUGGGACACCGUUGGGGUGGGCGAGGCAGAUGGCACCGCGGGCAACAGCAGCGCUGGCGGGGGGGCCCCCGAUGGCCGAGCAGGCACCGCCGGCACGGACGUAGAUGACCUUCGAGCUCACAUUGACAAACUGACCGAUAUCCUUCAAGAGGUGAAAAUACAGAACAACAUGAAGGACGAAGAGAUCCGCUCUCUCCGGGAUCGUGUGGUCAAGAUGGAGCAGGUCAUCCCCAUUUCUGCCCAGGAGGAAGAAGACCUGGAGAACGAGUGGAGCUCCCUGCUGCUGGCCGAAGAAGGCCUGGGGGCAGAGAGGGAGACCAAGGAGCAGCCGGGCAGCAAGGCGGAGCCAGAGACCGAGGAGGCCUCCUGCUACGACCGGGUCACCCGCCUGAUGGAGAAGGACCCUGCCUUCCGGCGUGGGCGCCUCCGCUGGCUUCGGCAGGAGCAAGCCCGGCUCCAGAACCUGCAGCAGCAACAGCUUAGCCGCUCCCUGCGCCGCAGCCAGCCGCACGGCACCACGCACGGCAAAUUCAUCCCCCCCCAGGACUGCAAACUGCGCUUCCCCUUCAAGAGCAACCCCCAGCACCGCUACUCCUGGGGACCCAACUCUGGUUUCAUGGUGGGCAGCAGCAGUGAGGAGAAAGAGGGAGGGGCCAGCACGGAGGCUCCUCCCCUGGCCCCCAGCCCCCAGCCGCAGCAGAAGCGGGCAGCCCACCCCGCCCGGCGCAACUCCCUGGAGGGUGGGCACCGGGGCAGGCGCGGCCAGGGCCAGGAGCACUACCAGGCCCGCAAGCACAACUACUACCCCCGCCAGCACCAGCCGUACCCCCAGCACCGGCCCGGCAACCCCGAUGGCGACGCCCCACCACGCAUGCGGCGGCAGCGCUCAGCGCCCAACCUGAAGCAGGAGCGGGAAAGCACUGUGUGAGGGGGG